AUGUCCGAAACAUCAUUGGGUUAAAAGAAUGCUUUAUACAAUUAGCAAGACUAUGAGCCAGAAUUGAUGGAAUCCUCAAGAUUUUAAUAGGAAAAACAAUUAGAAAAAUAAUAGAAUUAAUAAUCCAUUUUCCAGCAACAAUAGAAUCCUCAAUAUCAAUAACAUCAUGAGGAUAAUUUAUAAGAUAGAACAACCCCCUUUACAUUUACAGUUUAGAAUAUGCCAAAAAUAAACUGUUUUAAUCAUUAGGGAUAGACAUUUACUAAUUUUUGUAAAUGCAGGGAAUGCUUAUUGCCACUAUGUCCUGAGUGUGUGAAAGAACACGUUUACGAGCAUUCAGAAUACAGGUCUUAUCCUAAGUUGGAAUGCUUGGAGAAUAUUUUAACUGAUGUUCACAAGGAAGUCUGCUAACAAGCAAAUUAAUUGGUAUAUGCAUACUUAGAUAUUUAAAAAUCAAUCUCUUAAGCCUUAUCAUACACUUAGGAAACAGUGUAAAAAUUAAAGGAAGCCAAAAAUAGAAUAUUGAAUAUAGUGGAAUAGUAUUUCCAUGCUUUGGAGAUUGAAUUGGAGAACAAAUAAAGAAAGAACUUUGAUAACUUCGAUCGUGAUGGAAAAUCCUUUACUUAAGUAUUAAAUGCAAGAUUUAUCUCUCAUAUAAAUUUCUUAGACAAAUUAAAAUAACCAGAUUGCAUGUAUUCUCUACUACCCUAUCUGCUAUCUACAACUAAAGAGGAUAAUUUAUAAUAUAUAGAGACAGCUUAAUCAUUUUCAUCCAGAUUUAAAGAAGCCUAAUCAUAGAUAAACUUUGAUUCCAUAGAAUCUUCAAAUUUAAGCUAGCAAAUUGCUUAGAUAGUUAAUGUGGUCCAUAAAGAUCUGCCAGAAUUUCUUGAUAUUCAUAAGCUUGCAACUCCUGAAAUAAUAUCUAACCGGGUUUUAACUGUAAAAUCACAAAAUUCCUAACUGCCACAACAAACUUCUAGAAUUUAGGAACAAAUUUAACUAAAUUAACUCAAAGAAAAACCAGAACCUCCAAAGAUGUAACAAUAGCCUGGAUUAGAGUUAUCAUAUGGUUAUUAAUAAUAAUAAAAAAUGCCUUUGUAAUAGGUUCCUAUUUAGUAAGUUUAGAAUCCUUCAUUUUACUCUGGAUACCCGUAAUAAUAAUAAUAAGUUUAUGGACAAUAGCCAUUUAAAUAAGCCUAGUUAAUUUCACCUAAUAAAUAUUAAGGUUAUUCUUAAACUCUAUAGCCAUACCAAUAAUUAUAAGCAGCAUAUCCUAAUUUUAAUACUCAGUUUUCAAAUCAAGCAUAUUCAUCCUAAAGUUUAUAAAAAUUAUUAACAAUGCUAAAGGCUUCCUCUAAAAGUUCUAAACCAGAAUCACAUUAAAAGAUUUCAUAACCAUCUAAUGAUUCCUCCAACCCUUUAAAAUUGAGUAGAGAAAAUUCAACUAAAAAUGUAAGUAAGGGGUCGACUACAACUCUUAUAAAACCUUUGCAUAAGUCAACAUAGAAUAGUAGAACAUCGUCUAGUUCAAAAAUCCUUAAUCUUUCAUAAAGGAGAAUAGCAAGCAAAGAAACGUCUCCAUCAUAAAUGAUUGAAUAAGCAGUAUUAAAAGCCCCAAGCAAAAUUACGAAUAAAACAUCAUUAAAGCAGAAAACUCAAAAAUAAAAUGAUGGGAAGCCACAAAAUCUAAGUGAUUCUAAGAUAAAAUAGACUCUGAUAACAAAUUAAUCAUAAUAGCCAAAAGAUGGAUCAUAAAAAUAAAUUUCUGUUCUAAAAAAGGGAAUAAACUAGUUGGUUUAUCGUUCAUCUAGUUUUAAUAAAUUAAAUAAGUCACUAAAUUCUAAUUCAUCAAGUCGUAAACCAUCUCCAUCAAACAAGGAUAUACUAAUAACAAAAUAAAAAUUAAGUUCCUAAUAAAGUUAAAUAGAAUAAUAAUCUCAAGAAUAAUUGUAUUAAUAGGCGGAAUUGAAUGAUCAAGAAUAAAAAGAUCUGAUACAAUAGCAAGACUUUUAAGAUGAUGGUCAUUAAACUGAAGAAAAUUUAGUAAAUGAUUAAUCUGAAGGAUAAUAGAUAGAUGGAACACUAAAUGAAGACAUGUCUGAAUAGGAUUAAAACUAACUUGAUUAAAUGCAAUAAUCUAAUAAUUACUCAGAGCAACAUUAUACUGAAAAUGAUGAAGAACAAUAAGAAUUAGUAAACCAGUAAUUAAUUUAAGCAAGUGAAAAACUGCAAUAUUUAAGUAAUGAUGAUCAAGAAUUAAUAGAAAAUGAUGAUGAUCAUUAAUCAUGUGGUCUAGAUAUCAAUUAAGUAGAUAAUUAAGAAAUUAACUUAUAGGAUGAUUCUGAUAACUAGAAAACAAAAUAUUAGCCUUAGAUUGAAUCUAUUUAAAUGGAUAAAGCUAAUUAUUAAGUCAAUUUAUUAUCAUCUGCAGAAGACACAAAGGAAUAUCGGAUAUUGAAAGAAAUUUAAACUUAUCCAAAUUAGAUAGGGGAAAGAUUGCACACAAUUUAGGAGGACUUGCAAAGUAAUGAGGCUAUGAGUCAAAUAUAAUUUAAUGAGAUGGUUGAUGGAGAUACUAGUGAAUUAAUUCUAACGCAUAAAACAGAUAACCCCUAUAGAAAAAGUAGUGUAAAUUUUCUAUAGAAAUAAUCUUAGAAUACAUCAAGCACCAAAUUUUUAGAAAUUAUAAUCCAAGAUGAUCAAUCUCAAUUUUAAUAAAUCAAAUCAGCUAAGGCUUCAUUAACCUCAUAAUACUUUAAAGUUUAAAAUUAAAACGAUAGAAAUUUUUUAUAAGAGGAAAUAUAAGGAAAUUAAAAUUCAUAAAUAACUCAACAAAUCUAAAAUACAAGAGAAAAAGUAUAAUUUUUUGGUAAAAAAAGGUAAGAAAUUGUUACAAAAACUUAGAGUAUCGAAGAUGAAGAAGUAAAAGUAGAUAAAAUCCAAACAUAUUAGGAGAACGGAUGUUAAGAGGACCUAAUUUACCAUUAACAUAAUGAUUAAAUGGGGGGGGAUUUAUUCUUUAAUAACGCGAUUAAAAAUAAUAAUUAGAAUUUUAUUCAUAAUUAGAUAUUUAAGGAUUAACAAUAAUAAUUAGUAAACGAAUUAAACGAAUAAGAGAAAUACUAAAUAAAUAAGUUUGAUUAAGAAGACUCACAUAGUAUUUAGAAUGAAGAAAUAUCAAGGGAUAUAAAAAAGAAAAUGUAAUUUGAUUCUCCAUAAAACUAAACUUAAACUAAAGAAUAAUCAACUGUUGAUAAUCAAGAUACAUAAUAAGAAAAAAAAGAAAUCUCCUCUAGUUUCAAUAAAGGAAAUAAUUAUGGAUAGAAUGUGGAGAGCAUCGAUAAUAUUAAUUGCUCUAAUUUUGAUGAAGUAAAUGAUUAAAUCCAUUAAAAUUAAACUGGGAUUAGAGAUGAUCAUAACAAUUCAGAACAUAAUAUUCAUAUUCUUGAGCAUGAAAAAUCGAAUGAAGAUAAAUAUUUGUAAAAUAAAUAAGAUUAAAAAACAUUAGAAUUCUAAAGUUAUCAUAACUAGUUACGUAUGUAAUCUAAUAAUAUUGAUUUGAGUGAACCUAAAAUAUAAGAUAUUGGCAGCAUAUAUGUUGUUUAAUAAUAAAAUGUCAAAAUAAAAGAAUAAUAGUGCGAAUUAGAUGAAAUUAAUUUAAAUGAUUAAGAAGCAAAAGAGAAAAAAUUACAUUUAAAUUUAAGUAAAUUAAAAUAAAACUAAGAAAUUAACCAUUCUAAAGAUCGAUUUGAAAUAAAUUAGAUAGAGUCUUCAGUUAAUUAAGAAAGUAUGUAUAUCAUUGAAAAAGAUCAAAAUGAUUUAGAGGAUUAAGUGUAAAAUAAAAAUACUAUCAUAAAUAAUCAGAAAUUGGGUGAUAAUCAUCAAUAAUAGAGAGAAUAUGAGUAAACUAAUUGUAACGAUGAAAAUCAAAAUUAGUCUUGCGAUUCUGAUAAAAAGUCAGUUAAAUCUUAAAGGUCUAAGAAGUCAAGAAUAACAAAUAAUUAAGAAAUGAUAAAUAAUAACUCUUCAUUUCAUAAAAAUGAUACUGAAUUGGAAUUUAAUUGUAAUGACAUUAAUAGUUAAAGAACUUAAGAAUUUGGUGAGACAUAAAGAGAGAGUGAAAAUGGAAUAGAACAAUUUUCUAGUUCAUAAAAAUAAAUAGUAAUUAAAAAAUAAGAAUUUGAAUCGGAAAUCAAUAAAAUUCGUUUUUCAAUGGCUCUUAAUCUUUAAAAUAUAUAAGGAUUUAAUAGAAAUAAUAGGGAAGAUUAAUUAGAUACAGGAAGAACAGAUGAUAGUAUGAUAAACUAAUUAGUUGGUUAAGAUAGAGAUCAUAAUAAUGCUCAUUUAGUGAGGCAUAACUUUGAGGCAAGGCCAUCAAUUAAAGUGAAAAUGUAGCAUCUUUGUCUUGAUGACAUAAUAUAAGAAAAAUAGGAAUCUGCAACUCCUGAUAAUUAUACAAGAUCUAUAAAUCCUACACCUAAACCUGGGGGAAGUACUAAGCAUUAAAAACAUUUUCUUUCUUUUGGAGUUUAAGAUGAACUUAGAGUUAAAUAAGUAGAUUAGAUAGGACAUUCCGAGAAAGAUAUUGAAAAGGACAGAAAAAAAAGAGAGAAUUCUUCAUUGAAAAAAUAGUAGAUCUAAUCAGAAAAAUAAGAUGAAGAAGAAAUCAAGGCACUUUAAAAAAUUCUGUCAUCCAAAUUAGAAAUAAAAAAAUAAAAGGAGAAUCAUAUUCUAGAGCAAUCAUUGAAAAUUGAGGAGUUUUAAUACAUUCUUAAUCACAUCCCAGAUAUCUAGGAGUUAGAUGGAAAUAUAGAUUUAUCCUUGAGUAAUAUUAUUACUGAUUUUCUUGAUAGCCACAAAAGAAACCGAUAUAAGGAUAUAUCAAAUAUGAAAGAUCCUCAUUUGGCAAAUUUGAUGAGAAACAAAUUUUAGGAAAUUUUAAGUAAGCAAGAUUAAACUACACAAUAAGAUCCAGAGAUAAAACGAUAAUAAUAACUUGAAAUUGAGGUUAAAUAAAAAUAGCAAGUUAAUUUUGUGUUACAAUUGCUAUUUUAGGAAUAUAACACAUUAAGAUCAAAAUCUUAUAAAUUAAAUUUAGAACUUACUAAUUCUCAAUCAAAACUAUUCGAAAAAAUGAAAAAGCUAAGCAUAAGGGAGAAAUUAAUCCCGUAAUUAAAACAAAUAGACAUUCAUUAACAUCGAGUUACUAAUGAAUUGAAAAACUGUAUUUUAUCUUAAAAAACAGAAUUUAAUAAUGAAGAAUUAAUAGGUUUUAUUCAAUCUGAAUUAAAAGUCUAAGAAGACAUCAAUCAAUGUAUAUAAGAAAUUAGAAGUAUAUUUAAGGAUAGAAUUGAUUAAAUUAAGCAAGGAGAGAUGGUUAUGGAAGAGUAGCUUUUAUCUAAAUCUUAAAAAUAUUGA